AUGCCCACAAGGAUACCAGCUGGUAGUCAAGUGAGGCAGGCUUCAUCAAGCUAUACACUGCUGCGUUCGUAUGUGACACUUCAAUUCCAGAUUCCCCAGACAGAAAAAAUAGGCAAGCUCCCUCCACUUGAACAAUUAGACGACGACAUGCAGGCUAGUGCACCAGGGUUGAAGACCCCCGGAAUGAGAGGGAGGGUUCAGAGUCCAGCGAUUAUAACCAGUCACGUCCGGAAGAACCUAGCGGCUGGGAAGGCCAAAAGCUGCUCGAAUGGGAAUCGAUAUCCUUCGGAGAGCCAAGUUCGGAUGGAGUUCGCGAGGUCGACAAAAAAUCUUUUCAGUGUCAACUGUGCUGUCCCCGAGUCAUCUGCGGUGCCGUCAGUAGUGGUUCGUCUGGACGGUACAGGAGGGAGCACUAGCAAAAGCGGGCUGCAAGCCCGUAUGUUCGACUGCUCAUCCAGGACCGGCCGUGCAUUCAAAGUACAACCAUCGACUCCUCUGCGCAUGCAUGCAUUCUGA